AUGCCCCCCAGCCUGACGCGCCUCCUCAACCUCUUCCACUACAGCGUCUUCAUCGUCCUCUCCGUCGCCCUCGCCUGCCUGAUCGUUCUCACGCCUGCAGACGCGAUCUACCAAUGCUACAUCACCCAACGGCUCACAAACAUCUUUAUCAUCACGGGCGCAUACGUCGUGACCUUCCUCUUGGCGGUGUUGAUCUACGCGACCCGUAUCUAUACGAAUCGAAGCGUGCUUGCGGGGAUACCGAAGGCCUGGAUACCGAUUGAGAAAGACGAUGUCGGGAAAUCAGUCCGAAGACUUGUGAAAGAGGGUUUAGGGAGAAGUGCGUUGAUAGCGUUCCAGGCGAGACCGCGGGAUGUUUCUUCUCUUGCUGCUCCUGCUGCUGCUGCUUCUCCUGGUACGAGGUAUACGGAAGACGAGGAAGGAUAUACUCCGGGGAUGAAAGGAGAAUGGCACGGCCAGGCAGGCGAUGAACGAGACAACGCAAUUCCGGGUAUCGACCCGGGAAACCCGCCUUGGGGACAUGUGGAGCAUCCUGGGUGGUCGUCGCCUUGUUGUGUGGAUUUGCCGAAUUUACCGUAUCGGACUGUUAUCCAUGAGUUGCCGAAUCUGAUUGAGGCCAAGGCUGUGUCGCUUGCGCCGCGGCGUCCGGUCCUUCCGGGGCAAUUUGCCCGUCGCCGUCAACAGGGGGAUUACCGGCCUUACGCUGAUGAACGGGAAGAAGAAGAAGAAGAAGAAGAAGAAGAAACGAUUCCUGAUACCCGGGUUGUGGAAAUCCUCCGCCGUCCUGGCUCAAUGACAUUAAGAGAAUACAUGUUCCACCUGAGCAGCUUGGGUGUUGUCGAUCCACCUGAGAUCGCCGGGGAGUUUCUGGCACUGUACGAGCACGCGCGGUUCUCUGACCGAGAGCUUUACCAGGCAGAGUUUCGACAGCUAAUGCAUGUGUUUGCGGAAAUGCUGCGGGGGAUGCGGUUGUUUGAGGAUUCCCAUCUGCGGAGAGGGAGAGAGAGUGGUCCUUCUCAAAGUCCUGUUGAUGCUCAUAGUUCGAGUUCUUCUGUGAUUGUGAAGGGGUCCACACCUGCUUCUGGUGCAGGUCUUUCUGGGGCAUUGAGGCCGGGGAAUUGGGCCCGGGAGCCCCCAAGGACCCCGUCACUGCAGUCACUGCGCCCGGUACGGUCGAAUGGAUCGAGGAGUUCGGCGGGGAGUGUGAUUCGGAGAAAAAUGCAAUCCCUGCUUCGCCGCGGAGCCUCCUUCUUUACCCCCUCUCCCACCCCGCCCCCCCCCCCGAAGAAACGCUCUCAACCAACAAGCCCCGAAGACUUCCAGAAAGCCUCGUCGGCGGAAAGCCUCUUCGCAAAGACUUCCCCGACCACGGACGGGGACGAAUGCCUGCACGACUGCGCAACGUGUUCCACUCGGUACCCGGCGCGGUUUGACGUGGACCAGGAGGACACACUGUACGGGAACGUGGACGGAUGGGCGACGCAUCUGCUCGUGGCGACGGGGAAGGCGGAUUGGGUUAGAGACGUGGCGGACGAAGAGGGAAGUGUGAUGGAGGCUGUUGCGAGGGGUGGAGUUGUUGCUGGGAAUGGGAAAAUGAAACUCUCUGCGUCGAAUAUGCCCGUUCCCGACGAAUACCACCAGCACGAGAAAGGCCAGCGACAGCAUCAACCGACGACCGUGAUGCUGCUACCGGGCUUUACGCUCAUCGACCAUGUCACUCCGGCGCUGGUGCCGGAUUUGAUUCGGGAUUUUGUGGACCAGGCGCCGACGACGACGACGCCGUUGUUGCGCUGGUCUUUGUCAGAUACAGCCGCAGCAGCAGCAGCAGCAGCAUCACGGACUCCGCUCCGGUCGCGCCCGUGCCCCCAUGCCGCUGUGAUCUUGCUCUGCUCGCAGGGCACGCGCGACGCACGGUGCGGCCAGUCGGCGCCGCUGCUGCGUCGAGAGUUCGAGCGCCAUCUGCGCCCGCUCGGAUUGCAUCGGGAUCUGGACGACGACCGGCCCGGUGGCGUGGGGAUCUACUUUAUCAGCCACGUCGGCGGGCACAAGUACGCCGCGAAUGUGAUUGUAUAUCGGCGGCGCGACUUUGGCUGGCAUCGUGGCCAGCGAGCCGCGGGGGGGACGGAUGAGGCGGACGACGAGGGUGCGGCACAGGGGAUCUGGCUUGCACGGGUGAGACCCGAGGAUUGCGAGAAUAUCGUCCGGUAUACGGUGUUACAGGGGAAGGUUGUGAAACCGGGGCAGCAGUUGCGAGGGGGGUUUGAUCGGGAGACGGGGUUGAUUAGUUGGUAG